AUGUGCGGCAUCGCGUUCGUGCUAACAGCUCUCCUGGAAUCACCUCCAACUUGUGCAAACGCUUCUCGAGCCAGUCCUUCAUCGAACCAAAAAAGCCGCCGCGACGUCCAAACCCAAUGCGAAUCGUCUCACGUUGAUCAUGACCUCGAAUCGAGACUACGUGAGCGAGGUCCAGAUCAGUAUCACUGCCACCUUCGUCACAUGGGCUCGAGUUCCAAGCACAAUCGAUGCUUUACACUGGCAAUGCACAGUGCCGUGUUGCAUCUUCGUGGUCCGCAAAUCAUUCGUCAACCGGUUGUAGAUGACGAUGAUAACGUCCUGUGCUGGAACGGAGAAGUCUUCGGAAUGGGUGGACGGGAGCGCUCGGCCGCACGUGAGUGCAACAUCAACGACGACGACACCAGUGACGACGAGCUCAUGCACCUGAGUGACACGAUGAUGCUGUCCGAGCGACUGCAAUUGGCCGCACGCCAACAAGUGGCUGGCGCAACAUCGACAACAGGCGUCACGGAUCCAGUUGUUGAAGUAUUGCGUCAAGUUCAUGGACCUUUUGCAAUCGUGUGGCUCCAUGCCACAACCAAACGAGUGUACUUUGCCCACGACCGGUUCGGACGUCGCAGUUUGCUCUACAAGAGAUGGGCACGUGACCAACGCGAGGACAUGAUAGUAGAGCUGGCAAAAACGACCACAACGGCAUCGACGACUUGUUCUGAGACCGACUUGACCCGUUUUGUGCUAACCAAUGUAGCGAUUGGACACGAUAAUUCAGACUUGAUGCAGUACAGGGAGCUACCGGCAUCGGGUAUAUACGUGCUGGAUCUGCACGAAGACCAAGCGCUGACGGCAACGACGACGCCAUCCUAUAGAAUGGAAUUCCAUCCGUACGCGCCAAUCGCUCCCAUGUUGGCACUAGCUGUAUCGGCAAUGAAGACGUCCACAGACGUCUCGGAUCGAUUCGGGUGUCAAUUGCCUCGCAUAGCAACGACACCGGACAUCACAAAAACGUUGGAGGCUGCAGCGCAAGCAUUACUGGUUGCGCUCAGCAAUGCCGUUGGUCUUCGCGUCCGAUCUGUUCCGUCCCGCGCUUUUCGCGGCAGCAAUGAUGCCACAGCUCGAGCCGCGGUGUUCUUUUCAGGAGGUCUGGACUCUGUCGUGCUGGCAGCUCUAACGCACUUGCAUGCUCCUGCAACCGAACCGGUGGAUCUCUUGACCGUCUGCUUUGAUGAAAAGUCGAGUUUCGCAUCACCCGACCGUCGCGCUGCUGAGUUGGCUCACGCUGAGCUCUGCAAAUUGUUCCCACAGCGCCAGUGGAAUCUCGUAAAAAUCAACGUGUCUCGGGAAGAGCUCGCAAGCAAGCAAUGCGAAAUCCAGACGCUGAUGGCCCCUUGCGAUACGCACAUGGACUUCAACAUUGGUGCUGCCUUCUGGUUUCUCUCGCGUGGUCGUGGAGUAUUGACCGAGGUGACUCCAGCAGAAGAACAGUCAGCAUCGAAGACGAUCAAUGUGCGACGCAUUGAUAGCUGUGGACAUAUCCAUAACACGCUGCGUUCCACGCGCGUGAAUACGGAUCUCCCACUUGACCGAUGCGUAAAUCCUGCCACGACAGCACCGCAACAAGAACAAGACGACACAUCCAAGAGCGUACCCGAACGAUCACCUGUCAGCAGUCAUAAACACUGCAGCGAGCACACGGAUCCACGUACAAUGUCUAUCUCCAUGUCAGCGCCGAUACAAACGGGUAGUACGUCCUCAGUGUCGUCGCAUUAUCAGACAAGUGCACGCGUGGUGCUCGUGGGCAUCGGAGCAGAUGAACAGCUCGCAGGGUACGGGCGUCACCGCACAACGCUGGUCCACGGAGGAGCGCAGGCCUUACGAGCGGAGCUGAAAAAGGAUCUCAGCCGGCUUUGGACACGUAACCUUGGGCGUGACGACCGCUGCAUUGCCGCACAUGGACGGGAGGCACGGUUCCCAUACCUUGACGAAAGCGUCGUGGCUACGAUUGCAAGCUUCCCUAUUUCCUGUCUCUGUGACGCUGAUCUUCCACGCGGCGUCGGUGAUAAACGUGUGUUGCGAGUUGUAGCCCAAGCUCUCGGACUCAAAAGUUGUGCUGAGCUUGCAAAACGCGCGAUCCAGUUCGGGUCACGGAUUGCCAAAGUCUCCCACACUGGCAGCAAUCGUCAAACACAAGGAGACAGCAAGUUCAUCAGCAUGAGAGAGUCAUAA